UCCAUUAAGUGAAAUCCCCCAUCAAAAUCUCUACUUGUCUCUCCUCAGAUUCUCAGAUGGAACAUGAGAAGGUACCCUUUACGAGAACAGAGUCUCAGGAAAUUGAGAUCGCAAUGGUCUCUAAAGGCAUUGAUACUCUUCCUCUGCCACCGCAGUUGCGUCCCUCCUUGUGUGUCUGUGUUUUCUCCAAAAACGAGCAUUGUAGUUUGGAUUCAAAACAGCGGUCAAAGUCUGCUACAAAACUCUCUGGACUCGUUGUCGCCUCUCUCUUGUUUAUGGUUGUUGAAAUUAUUGGUGGUGUCAAAGCCAACAGCCUAGCAGUACUCACAGAUGCAGCCCACUUGCUUACUGAUGUUAUUGGAUUCUCCAUUGCUCUUUUCACAGUAAUGGCUUCAGGUUGGGAGGCAACAUCGUACCAGUCUUUCGGAUAUCACCGUCUUGAGGUUUUGAGUGCCCUUUUCUCUGUGCAGCUCGUAUGGCUGGUCUCUGGGAUCUUGAUCUAUGAAGCAGUCGACAGGAUCCUUCACAACAAGGAAAAGGUGAAUGGGCUACUCAUGUUUUCAGUCGCAGCAUUUGGGUUUCUUGUCAACCUUAUCAUGGUCGUGUGGCUUGGUCACGAUCACACCCAUCACGCAUGUGGAGGCUUAGGUCAAGAUCAUCUCCAUGAUCACAAUCACGAUCAUCAUCAUGGUCAUAAUCACGAUCAUCAUCAUCAUCAUGGUCAUAGUCACGAUCAUAACCAUGGUCAUAAUCACGAUCAUCAUAAGGAGGAAGAAAGUGCAAUACUUGAAGAGGACAAAACAAGUCUGGUGUCAAAUUCUGUGGAGAAGACUAAAAUAUUAAACAUAAAUAUCCAAGGAGCUUACUUGCAUGUCAUCGCCGAUAUGAUUCAGUCCGUUGGGGUGAUGAUUGCUGGAGGCAUCAUAUGGGCAAGGCCAGAUUGGUUAGUAGUUGAUCUUAUCUGCACACUCAUAUUUUCUGUUUUUGCUGUUAGCACAACUGUAUCGAUGCUCAAAAAUAUAUAUGGCAUAUUGAUGGAGAGAACGCCAAGCGAGAUUGAUAUCAUCGGGCUAGAAAAAGGCAUUAAGUGCAUCAAGGGGGUUCAGGAUAUUCACGACCUACACGUUUGGGCGCUAACGGUAGGAAAAACAGUUUUGUCUUGCCAUGUAACGGCUGAGCCUGCAGUAAGUUCUAGUAAGAUAAUUGACGAGAUUAGGGAUUACUGUGAAAGUACUUGCAGAAUACAUCAUGUAACUAUACAGAUUGAAUAGCAGACUGCAGAUUGCCAGAUUCAA